AUUACUUACUACUCAGCACUCAGUAGUCAGUACUCAUUCGUUCGAUAGUCGUUGCCGUGUCGUCGUCUCGCCGGUGAUAAUAUUAUAGUACGCGCGUUUCUCGUACGCGCACAGGCGUUAUCAUUAUAAACUUAAAGAAUAAUUUGAAAAAAUUAAAUCGAUAUCGUACAAACUACAACGAUAAAUUGUAAUAAUAAUAAUAAUAAUAAUAGUAAUAGUAAUAAUAAUAACAAUAAUGUUGCUACCGAAAACGUUUGAUUCGAAAAUCGAUGGAAUUCAUGUGAUCGUCGCACGUUCGAGACGGUGAACUCUGCUCAAAGCUGACGUCGUUGCAUGAAUUAUGAAGUCCAGUUGACGGACUUCGGCGUCCAAAUUACCCUUUUCAUCUGUAACCUUACACAAUUACCCCUGAGGAACGAUAAAUAAAAGCUUUUACUAAGACAUGGAGCCAGUUCGUAAGAUAGUACAUCCCAAAACAUCAGGUCCAGUGGAUUUGACACUAAUAUUAAAUUCUGCUGUGAAUAUGAAGGUUAAAUUGCAGCUUAUACAAAAGAUUUCCGAAAGUCUUGAAGAAUGUUGUCGAUCACAAAUUUACUUUGAUAAUAUGGUUGUUAUUUUACUUAAAUUGUUAUGCACAACUGAACCAGUUUUUAGCCCAGACAAUGAUUUAUUUAAAAUAAGAAAAAUUAUACUUCAAAUAAUUAAUAAAGUCAUUAAUAAUCAUGAAAAAGCAAAAAUUCAUCUUCAAAACAUCAUGAGAACAUGCAUAAAAGUUAUUGAAACCGAUAAUGAGCAGUGCGCCCUUUGUAGUGUUUUAAUUAUUAAGGAGUUAAUUAAUCUUUUUAAGCCAAAAUAUGAUAGUGCUUGUUUAAAAGCAGAGAUUUAUAAACUAUUAAUGCUUAUUAAGGAUAUAUAUAACAAUUCUAGUACUCUAGAAAAAAUUUUUAACUUUCAAAAAACUUCUGAUUUAAAAGAAUUAAUUACUACUAUACGCUUAACUACAACUGUCACAAGAAAUUCUGUUAAUUAUAUAUUUGUUCCAAUGGGAAAAGUAUCACUUAAAGUUUUAAAGGAACUUGCGUUGUUAUUGAAAACAUAUUAUGUGUUUUAUAGUGAAAAUCCAGCUUUCAAGAAUGAUAUUUUAGAAUUGAUUCCAGUACUCAUGAGCUUUUUUAAUAUAGAGAUCAAUUAUAAACCAGACCUCAGAGAUUUAAUAUUGGAUUUAAAACAUGCCCAAGUGAGGUUAUUGUUUUUUUUUUCAUCAUUUUUGAAAUGUACUAAAGAUGGAGUUCGUUUACAUUGUCCUACAUUGCCCAGUAGAAUUAUAAGUCUAAUGAAUUGUAACAUAGCAUCAAAUAUUAGUAGUAUUCGUUCAGAAUUGCUUUCAGCAUUUGAAUCUUUUGUACUCAUUGAUUAUAAACAUGAAUUUUUACCGUUCAUGGAUAGAUUUUUAGAUGAGACAUUAAUCACUGGAAGAUCUUGGACAUCAAAAUAUGCAUUAAGACCUAAAGCUUAUGUAUAUAUUGAUCAUCUUAUCACACAUUUACACAGUCAAUUAUCAAUGAAUUAUUUAGUUCGUGUUAUUCAUUUACAUUUUACUAAUUUAUUAGAUUCCACUCUCCAACCUGAAUAUCAAAUAAAUUUGUGUAACAUGGUCAUGAAUGUAUUAAGUUGCAUUGUUCAAAGACAAAAUAAUACAAUUACUAACUUGAAUUUAAUUGAAGAUGAUAAGAGUUCUGUAGUAGAUUUAUUUUAUCGAGUACUUCAAAUUUUUAUAAUAAAGUUGAAGCAGUUCCAAAAGUUUUAUUUACCACAAUUAAAUGAGUCUAGCUUUUCAAAAGAAAAUGAUAAUGAAAGCAUUUCAUCUAUUUUAGCAGGAAAACUAACAAAAGAAAAAGAAGAUUUUAAAUAUGGUUAUCAUCCAUCACAAAUAGCUCCUUAUUCUUUAGCCGAUUCAAAACGGUUUAUUAAAAUAAUUAUUCCAGCAAUUAGAACAGUGUUCCAAUUUAUUGUUAAAAUUGAAGGAGAAAAAUUUUUAAUUCACCCUCAAUAUAAAAAAACAUUUAAUCAUUUUGUAAAUCAUUCAUUGUUGUCAUUAAAAAUUUGUGAUGAUUCAUUGCCAAAAAAAGAAAUGGUGAAAGAAAUCCUUCUUGCUCUUUCAUGUAUCAGUCCAAUUCAUCUUAAGACUUUGAUUAAUGGAGACCAUUUAGUUAAACAGAUUUAUGCUAAUAAUCUAGAAACAUUAUUUUUUGAAAUGGCACUGAACGAUGAAAUUUUAGUUUCAACUUUUAGCAAUUUAAUAUUUGAGUAUAUAUUAAACAAUCUAAUUAAUGAAAAUGAAAAAUCGCAUAUAUUUGAUUUGGUUGAUAAGAUUCAAUUAAAUGUCAAACUAAACUAUAAUGAUGAUAAACGUGAUGGAUAUGUUUACAAAAUUAUCGAAGCAUUGAUGAAUAAUUUGAGAAACACAAAAUAUCCUGUAUUUUUUAUUGGAAUAUUAAAAACAAUGUUAAUUAUUGUUGAAACAGCAAGUUAUGAUUUUGGAGAAAAUACGUAUUCAUUAAUUAGAUGUCUGCUUUGCGAUUUACUUUCAUAUCACAAAAGUUUAACAAAUGAUGCAGUUGUAACAAAAGUUGCAAUUGCAGAAUUGUGUUUAUCUGAGUGUAUGUUUAAAGUGGUUCUUCAUUCUCAUGUAAUGGAUCUAUUGUCAGUAAUUGCUUAUUCGUUUCAAAUACCUGAAUUAACUCCACAAGGCCUUGGUAUUUUAGAGAAGUGUUUAGAUGUCUUGCCAGCUCAAUUUUUAGAUGACCCCGUUCUUCCAGUUCGAAAUGAAAUCAUGAAAGGAUUGUGUGAUUGUUUACAAAGUCCUCAUGAAUCAAUUUCACUGCCAGCUGUUAGUUUACUCGGAAAGUUUGGAGGUCUUAAUCGAAGUUCAGUUAUGAAAACUGACCACCUUGAAACUCAAAAACAAUUUCAUCAAGUUUCUAGGAAACCUAAAAUAUGUAUAGCAUAUGAUGAUUAUGAUAAUACCAUAUUAGAAAUGGAUAUUGAAACUGGUGUGAAUACUGCUACUCAAACAUUAAUCUCGGAUGAUGAUAGAUUCAAUAGAUUACAAAGUUGGAAUGUUAUAAGAGGAUAUCUUACGAUAUCAAUGGAAUAUGAUUCUAAUAGAAUUUUACAAUUAUUGUCAAAUAUCAAUCUGGAAACAUUAAUAGAAAAGUUUGCAGAUAAUGAAUUGCGGUAUACUAACUCUAUUAUCGAUGAAACAUAUAUUAAAGCAUUAACUGGUUUAAUGAUUUGCUGUGAUGAUGAGUAUUUGAAGGCAGAUGCUUUAACAUUAUUUGAUGAAUUCACCAAAAGAAUUAUUCAUAUUUCCAUAUGUCAUUUUAGUGAUAUUUCAUACGGAUACUUUUUAGAAGUUAAUCCUUACGUUAUAAUUGAUGCUAUUUGUGAAGUAUUAUCAAAUGAAAAGGAAAAUAUUUCGCAGUUUGGCGUAAAAGCUACAGAAUUUAUUUUAAGAGAAUCGCAAAAAAUCUUAGGAGAUAAUGUGGUUUAUUUUCCUUUUAUUACUUACAUGUUCCAGCAAUUUUGUGAACUUUGUUACGAUUUAAGUUGGAUUUGUAAACGUGGAGGUUGCUUAGGACUACAGACUUUGUUUACAAAUUUAUUAAAAGAAGAGACUGAGGCUAAUGAAUAUUCUAAUUGGUUUAUUAAACAUUUUAAUAAUACAUUUAGAGCCACGCUGUUUAUAUUUUUCGAUUAUAACAAACAUUUGACAUUUGGUACUCUAAAAAUUGCUGAAAGUAAUUUAGAUUACAUGUUAAACUGGCUGUAUUGGGUUAAACCAAAAAAUCCAUCACAUGAUUUAAUACAGGAUACUAUUUUGACGGAGAUUACUGAUUACAUAACUGGACCAAAUGAUUUGCUUAGAGAACAGUCUAUAAAAAUUAUUAAUUUGAUGGCAAAUAAACAACAAAAAACGAUUGUGGAUAUUUUAGAGCCAUACCAUAAGCAAAUUCAACUAGCAAUUCCAGGAAAUCGAUUAUUUGAUAGUUACACUUUUAAAUCUCAAAUUGGUAUAAUGAAAGGGCAUAUAUUUUGUGCUUUGCAUUCUAUUUCUCUGGAACAAUUUGACAUUCUAAAUAAAGUUAAUGUAUUUUAUUUCAAUAUGAUUAAUAUUGUAUGCAAAGGGGAUAGUAAAGAAAUGAGUUCAAUAAAAAUGUUUAAAUGUUUAUCAUCUACCCAGUUGUUUGAAUUUCGUCAAGUAGCCAUGCAAGUUUUAGUACACUGUUCAAGUUUUAUGACAAAUUCAGAUAAUAUAUUAAUAUUUGAAAUAUUUUUGAAUGCAUUAAUGAGUUCUGAUAUUAAAAUGCAAGAAAUAGUGUACCAGUGUUUAGAAUCUCGCAGUAUAAAUCUUAUCAUAGAAUUAAAAAUGGUGGAUAAAUUAUUAUUAUAUUAUGAUGAUUUAUUUCAAGACCCAGAAAAGGUUACAUUAAUAAAUAUUAAUUAUAUUUUGUAUAUAACAAAAUUAUUUCCAUCUAGUCCAAAUAAGAUGUUUUGUACUACUAUACUAAAUUCAUUUAAAUAUUUAUGGAACAAUUUAAAUUGCGGUAUUUAUAGAACUUCCUUGUAUGAACUUGAACUUAGUUUAGAGAAAAUUAUACAAAUAGUUAGUCAAAUAAGAGAAGCACAAUUUUUUCAUGUUAAAGAAAUCUGUGAACUUGUUUUAAAUCAAAAUAUUUUAAAUGUUGAGUUAUGUAAUAGAUUAUAUCCACACUUGAUUGAAUGUCUUCUAAAGUUCCCUGUAGCUUGUAUACAAUUAUUUUUUCUAGAUCAAAACAUAAAGAAUUCAACAUGGAGUUUAUUUUUUAUUUCAAUGAUACGCAAUGAAAAAUGUGAAUCUCUUAGAAAUGUGUUGACGUCAGACUCUUCACACCUAGAAACUUUAUUGGGAACUUCAAAAUCAGAUACUCCAAGAUAUAUUCAAUAUGCAUGUGUUAAAAUAAUAUAUAAUUUGUUAAAAAUGACCAAAAAAUGGAUUUUUAACUCAAACAAAAUUAUACACUCUCUACUAAAUAUUUGGUGCAGUAUUAAAUUCAAAGAACGUUUUAAAAAUAUAGCUGCUGUUCAAUCAACAGAAUGGGAUGAACCUAAAUUGAUACUAAAAAUUAUAAUUGUUUAUUAUCGAGAUCAUACUAAUGAAGUUUUUAUACUUUUUCAUUUACUUUUUGUGUUCUCGAUGCGAUUUCCUAUUGAUAUAAAUUUUUUCAGAAAAUUUUUAGAAAAAGAAAUAAUACAAUCAAGUACUAUACAAUGGAAACGAAUUGUAUUUUUUCAAUUUAUUGAAUUGUAUCAAAAAAAAAAUGCAAAUAUUGAUAUUUUAGGAAAAAUACUUCAAUAUAUAAUAUUACCAUGUUUUUCAGUGUCUUAUAAAAAAGGGGAAAAACAACAACUAUUAUGUACAUUUACUAAAUCUAAUGAAAAUAUAAUUGGAGUUGUUUUAAAUAAAAUUUUUAAUAAUAUUCGUAUUGUAUUAAGUGGAUCUGAUUUUGAUGGAAUUAAAGUAUUCUUAUGCCAACUUAUUUGUCUGUUAAUUGAUGACUUACUGUGUUUCAAUGACAAUGUUUGUGAAUUGAUAUAUAAUUCCAUAAUAUCUUGCACAUGGUUUAGAUGUACAAUGGACAUAAAUGUUAAAUAUCACUGCUAUUUGAUUUUAACACACAUAAUGUUAUCUGAGAAUCCACCAAAAAAAGAAAAACUUAGUCAAAUGAUACAUUAUGAGCUUUUAAAAGCUAGCUCUAGUGAAGCAUUGCCAGUAAUAAAUUAUUCAUUAGACUUGAUAGUUUCUGCUAUCUGUGAAAAAAAUGGUAAUGUACAAGGUUUAGUUGCAUGCAUUAAGAAGAUAUUGACCAACGAAUCACAAAAUGUGCCAAUUUUACAUCAUAUUAGUUUAUUUUUAAUUAAAUAUAAUACAUUAUUUUACCCAUUCAAAGAGUUCUUGCUCCGUAACAUUUUAGGAGCUUUAUUUCCAAUUGCUAAGAAUAACAAUAUACCCGAGUUUAAAAAUACAGCAAUAGAAUUAGCAUGCAUGAUAAUUAGCUGGGAACUUUCUGAUGACUCUUCAAAUACAACAUUAAAAUUGCCUAUAAAACGUUCAAUUGAUGAAGCACAAUCUAAAGUAGAGAAUAAUAACAUACUGCCAAAAAAAAAGAAAUCAUCUGAAUUUAUUGAUAACUGUUUGAACUUUUUGGCAAUGGUUGGAUGUCAGACACAUGAUGAUAAACCUGAAAGCUUGAUAACAAAAUUAGCAAUACGUAGUAGAAAGUUAUUUAAAAAUAUAAUAAGCACUGAACCAAUCAAUAUUACGGAACUAAAAUUAAAAUUUGGGUGGUUUGAAAAACUUUUGGAAUCGUUUCUGAAAAAAGAACAACUUUUCAAACAAAACCCAAAAAUGCUUCAUGGCAAUUCUUCUGCAAGUUUAAUGAACUUGUUAGCAGCAUAUGAUACUGUAUCAUUCAUGCUAAAUGUUUUACCUCAAAAUAUUAUGAUAGAAGCUUUGAAACCUGUUCAGGAUCAUCUUAUCAAAUUGCUACAAUUUGCAUUUAUUGAAGGUUCUACUUUAAGCAAUCCACAUAGUCAUAGAGAGAUUUUAAUAACCAAUCGACAUCUCUCUAUAUCACAAGUCAAACAAUGUAAUGAAGGCACAUUAAAAUUAAUAACAGAAAUUUUAAAAACUUUCCCAUCAAAUGAAGGACUAGAAAAGUUGCAUUUAUAUAUUCAAACGAUCAUUUCAGAGGGUUUAAGUAGUAAUUGUUCAAACAAAUUGGAAAUUAGUUUGACAUUAUUAAGAGUUUCAUUAAUAUAUUUUCCAAAUUAUAUGAAUAACGAUUUACUUAAUACUAUGGGAGAUAUAAUGUUUAAAUUUAAUGAAAAUAAUAGUAAUUCAAAGGUUAAGGUACAAUGUUUAGAAAUACUAAAAACUCAUGUUGAUUCAUUGCCACGUGUUGGUAAGCAAGUUUUUAUUGAAAAAGUAGUUAUAGAAAAUUUGGAUAGAGCUAGAGAUUUUGAAAACAAUAUACCAUUUGAAGUGCAAGUAAAAUGUUUUGAACUUAUCAUUAAUUACAUAAAAGAUAUAUCUGAAGCUGCUGAAGGAGUAUUAUUAAAUUCAACACUUUUAGAAUAUAUAAAAACUACAACUGACGAGCGAAUUAUGAUAAUCAUUUUAAAUGUAAUAACUAAAUGGAUUGAGAUUUGUAGAGAUGAGACUGUAUUUUUCAAUUGUCAAGUUCUUAAAAUUUUAAAAUCCAUCACUAUUAUCAAUCGCUUUCCAAAAUUAACUGAUUAUUGUUAUAAAUUGAAUCUUGAAAUUUUCAGAAAUUGGUACUUCUCGGAAUGUAUAGAAUUUGGUAUCAAUUGUAAAUCUCCGUCAAUAAGAUAUGAAUUCUUAAAAUUUUAUGAUACAUUAUGGCGUGAUGGUGGAUUAUGCAUGAGAUUGUACACAUUGAUGUCUAAUGAAUUAAGUUAUAAUUUAAAUGCUUCUAUUGCAUUUUAUGUUCAACUGUUACUGAUUAAAAUAUCCAAAAAUACUAAACUCCAAGGCGAUUUUCCAUUAUUAGUAAUAAAUAAUGUGGAUGUCUUUUCAAAACCUAGUAAUUCUUCAAUAUCUUAUCCAGUACGAAAUAUAUCUACAUUUGAUAUAUGCUUCUCUGUAGCACAGUUAUGUUUUGUUGAUGAGGACUUAGCUAAAAACUUAUGGAUAUCAUUACUUCCCGAUGUUUGGAGUUUGUUUAAUGAUGAUCAAAGAAACUUACUAUCUGCAAGAGCAAUUAAUUUUUUAGCAAAAAGUAAACUAAGAAAUAACUUUAUGGCAGCGUUUUAUGAAGCUAUUAUUCUUUGUAAACCAAAUAUUAAUUUUAAACCUUAUCAAAUGACGUAUAUCGGAAAAACAUACAAUUUAUGGUAUUUAGUUAUUAAACAAAUGGAAGAUAUAUGUAAUUACUACAAGCAUGAUAAAAAGGAUGAAGCUGUUGAAGGAAUGAUUCAGAUGUAUUCUCUAUUACGAGAAGAAGAUGUUUUAGAAAGUCUUUUUCAAAAUACAGUAAAAUGUGAAGCCACAAAAAAAGCAUUGUCUCUUGAGCAACAAGGAUAUAUUAGAGAAGCUUCACAAAUAUAUAUGGAAUUAUUGGAUAAAAAAAUGAAUGGGACUAAAAUUUAUCAAAAUAACUCUUACAAUAAAGAUAAUAUGUUUAGAAAGAUUCGUUUAACUAAAUGCUUAAGAGAGUUAAACGAGUGGAGUUAUUUAAGUGAAAAUGUACUAGAAGAUGAUACCUUUUUAUUAAAUAUUGAAAAUAGAUGGAAAAACACGAUUGAAAAUUCUGAUUAUGAUGAUUUAAGAUGGUAUUUGGAAAAUAAACAAAAUAUUUGGCCAUCUAAAUUAGUUUGGAAGUAUCAUUUUUAUUUGGGAAUGUUAGGAUUAAAAGAACUAGAUCAACAAGUAAUGUUUACUGUCCAGGAACACAUCGAACUUGCUUCUACUGAAAUUAUCGAUAAAUGGAAAGUAUUACCAAAGUAUUUAUGCAAUGCUCAUAUCCCUUUACUUCAAGCCACCCAAUUGAUAGUCGAAGUACGUGAAGCGCUUAAUAUCCAAACUAGUUGGUUUCAAUCACCAGAAAAUAUCAAUAAUGUUAAUGCAUUAAUUCAGAUUUGGCACAAUAGAAAUCCAUGGAUUGGAGAUAGUUUAAAUGUAUGGAGUGAUUUGAUUUCAUGGCGACAAACAUAUUAUUCAUUUUUGAAUCAACAUGAUUCAAAUUUAAAAUCACAUUUCAUAAAAUCUGCUCAGGAUAAAUCAAAACUAAUUUUUGGAGAGAUAGCAUUGAAGCACAACAUGGCUGAUGUAUCAAUUAAUAUAUUAAAUGGUAUUGAUCUUAAUAAUAUUACAACAUCUAAUUGGUUGCAUAAGAUGAACUUGGAGGUAAAAUGUAAACAGUCAAAAGUUUUAAAAUGCCAUAAAAAAUUCAAUGAUCUAGCCAAUUUACCUUUACACAAUGGUUUUAUGGAUGAUAUGAAACCUCUAUUAUUAACAAUCGUAGGUGGCUUUCAAGAUUAUUGUGGUUACACAGAUAUUGCUUCAAAAUAUCAUGCCAUGUUUUUUUCUAUUGAAAAUACUAAGAAAUCUAUUGAUAUUGAAUGGCAAUGUGUUAUAGAAGAUAAUUUUAAAUUAAUUCCUUUACGUGUACAUAAAUGCACCAACCGACUAUCACAAUUGAACACAUUUUUAACAACUUUAAAUUGUAACGAAAUAUUAGAAAAUGCUUGGCUUCAAUGGGCAAUAUUAAUUGAACACAAUUUUAACCAGUCAUCUAUUAAAGACGUAAAUAUCGCAUUAUCUGCUAUAAAAUGCUAUAUCAUAGCAUCUACAUUCACUACUAAUAUUAAAUGUAAUAUUGUAAUAGCUAGAAUUUUAUGGCUUUUAACAUACGAUGAUAACAAGUAUACACUAUUACGUGCUUUUGAAAAUUGUAAUUUUAUAUUUUCUGAUACAUGGCUUCCUCAAAUGCUAAGUAUCUUUGUUGAAAAAAAUAUCAAAGCCAUUGAUAAAAUUAUUUCAAAGAUAGGACAAUGGUAUCCACAACAAAUGUAUUUGAUUUUGAACAGAAUGUACCUCACUGAAAAAAUGAAUAAAACAAUGGAAACUAUGUCUACAAAUACACUGACAUAUGAUGUUCGAAAGAAAACUUACCAAAUGUUAAAAAUUGAUAAGAUCAAACAAAUGAUGAUUCUUCUGCAGAAGUAUAAUCUUGGUAUAACUCAGUUGGAUUAUUUUGUUGAUCAGAUAAAUUCUUUAGGAGAAAGUUGGGAUGAAGAACUACGCCGAAAGUUGUAUGAAUGCUUAUAUCUCAGUUAUGAUAUUGCAUUUGAAAAUAAAAAUUUAAAUAUACGGGUUCCAAGAGAAAUUUCAAAUUUUAUUAAAACUAUAAUUAUCUCUUUUGUUGCUGAAGAUGUAAAUACAACAAAAUUGCAAACGAAGAAAACAUUUUUGGUUCCGGAUUACUUGUCAGUAUGUUAUCCAUUCUUCAAGCAAAAAUUUUCAUCCGAUUUCAGCUUUGCUUCAGUUCCUACUAUCAAACUAAUGAUAAUCCAACUAAAAAAAUGGAUCAAGUGCAUAGAAAACAAAUCUAAUUAUCCAUCUAGGUUUUUACAUCAUUUUCGAUGUCCCACAAUCCAUCAAUUUGAUUGGUCUGUGAUAAGAAUACCCAGUGACCAUUAUAUUGACGAUUCUUCUGAGGCUGUCAGAAUACAUAAUUUCAGUGGUUAUGUACAUCUCAUUGACAAAAAUGGUACUGUUGUUAAACAGUUGUCUAUUCGUGGAACUGAUGGUCAUAUAUAUACCUACAAUGUUUCAAAAGGCCAGGGUAUUGAAUCCGAAGAUAGAAUUUUCCAAUUAUUCAGAGUGGCAAAUAGUUAUUUGCUUGAUUAUAAAGAAACCGCUAAAAGAUUUUUAAAGUUCUCUAUACCAAAUACAUUCACAAUUGCACCAAAUUUAAGAAUGGUUGAAACUAAAAAGAACUCAAUAUUUUCUCUCUUUGAUAUAUAUAGAGAAGUAAAUAAGCCUGUGUCAUGGGUUCAUGAGGAUAUUGAUUUUUGGUUUUCAGUACUAAAUACAUGUAUUAUUGCAGAGAGAACUCAGCCUUUGAUGGAAUCUUUAAUUGCAACAGGAAACAAGUAUGGUUCAGACGAAGUGUUGAAGAAUUGGGUUUUAUUGAUGUACCCAUUGCAAUCAGAUUAUUGGACAUUUCGUAAAACCUUUGUUGAACAUUACUCACUACUUUGUUUUUUUGAGUAUGCAUUCAACCUUAUCAAAUUAAAGCCUGAGAUGCUAAAUAUUGACAAAAAUAAUGGAGUGGCUAUUGCGUUACAUUAUACAUUUAAUUUGAGUGAAAUUCAUGGAAACUUAGUUUCAAAUCAUAUAAUACCUUUUCGUAUGACACCAAAUUUGACAAAUUUUAUCACGCCUUAUCGAAAACAUCAAAUGAUAAAUUGCUUAACUGCGACUGGUCAUUGUUUAACCAACAGUAUUGAUGAUAUUAGUGUUGUUCUAAAAUUAUUAUUGAAGGAUGAAUUUUUAGCUAAUUAUAAUAUUAAAACCUAUAAAAAAAUAUCAAGAAAUGAACUACAAAUUUUUGAAAUAGUUGAUAAAAAUCUGAAGUAUAUUUUGAAGAAUUUCAAUAAAAUAAAAAAUGCUGCAACCCACAAUCCAAUUCCUGAUCUCCUAUACCAAGCUUUCCAUAAAGAAUUAUUAUGUCAUGAACGUUCAACGUGGCGUCCUUGGUUAUAAUCAACUAACUAUAGGAUUAGUUUGUUAUGAUAAUGAUAACUUUUGUAUUGUUCUAUUUAUUAUUAUGAAUUUUACAUAAUCAUUAUUUUUUGUAAGA